UUACAAAUUUUCCACUAAUAUUUUUCCCUUUCGCGCGUCUACUAUACUCUCGUCUCCCUCCCAAUUUUCGCUUCCGCUUUCGAAUUUCGCAACAAUCUUGGAGCCAAAGCUCUCAAUUUUUUUGACACAAUUUAAUAUUAUUACUUUAUUAGUGUUUUUUUGUCUUUUUAUAGAGAAUAAAUAAUAACAUAACUAUACUUUAUUUUUGGCUAUACUUUAUGGACAUUAUACUAUUUCCCUUCUCAACAUAUAUAUCUCUAAUUUCAUCUGUUUUGUUUUUUCGCUACUUACAAAUUUCUGAUGCAUCCGAUUUGCAUCAACUUUAGAAGGUUAAAGUUUUGAUUUUUAAUUUGAAUUUGUUGAAAAAUUCUUUGCUGAUUUUGUUUAGUUUCCACCGAUUAUACAAUUUUUCUGAUUUUUGCUUUUGCAUAUAAGUACAAUUUGAAAAAUUGAAAAAUUGUGAAUGGUGUUUGGAUUGUGUUUGGGCGAGACUGAUUGAUUCGUUGAAGUGGUGAAUUUUUGGAACAAUUGAUGUGUGUUUCGGGUUUGAAUUGGAAUUGAGAUUCGAAGAAUUGGGGAUUUUGGUUUGACGGUUUGUUGAUUCGAUUUGAUAAUUAGGGUUUUGGAUUUGGGAUUUGGGGUGGAUGAGGAUUUUCUAACGUACAAGUUCGCGUGCUAAGAGUACAAUUGCACGUAACGGGAUUUUGAUGGUGUAUUAAAGAUGAUGGUGAAACGGAAGGUGAAAGUGGAAAUGCCGAAACUCAAGCGGUGCAAAGCCGAUGGAAAUGACAGCGGUGGCGAGGGAGAAUCGUGGAAAUUGAAAACUGAGGAGCUAUUCACAGUGCCGGUAAAGGAGUUAGAAGAUUACCGGACAAGUUUGGUGGAUUCGUUUUGUAGAGAAGCUUUAAGCUAUGCAGGUGAAGUAGAAUCAAGCUUGGGUUUAGCUGGAGCUUCGACGAGUUUGGAGAAAGCUUAUGAAGUUAGUAAUAAUAGUAAGCCUCCACUUCUAAAGACUUCCCGUGGUCGUGUUCAAGUGCUGCCUUCAAAGUUCAAUGACUCCGUUUUGCCCUUGUGGACGAAGGAGCGAAACCAGGAAGAAGAAGAAGAAGAAUUACUAUGUUUGGAUGAAGUGAGAGCUUUGCCUAAGAAGAAAAGGUUCAAGCUUGAAGGGUCUAAUGUAAAUAUGCAUUUUUUUGACAGUCAACUUUUUCAUUUGCCUAGUGCUGUAAAAUUUGAGGAUAGGGAAUUUUCGUAUAUGCGAAGUAGAGAUUGUUCUAGAAGUUCGGUGACAUCGUUGGGUGAAGGUGGUUCUUCAGUUGUGGUGGAGAGUGGUGAGUGUGAACGGAGGGUGACGAGGAGCUCUGUGAGGGCUGAUAAUUAUAUGAAGGAGAAAGCUGGAAAGAAAAAGGAUUUCUUUGAGCCUGGAGAUUUUGUUUUUGAUGACAUAGUGUGGGCGAUAUGUGGGAAGCAUUACCCUGCUUGGCCUGCUGUGGUGAUUGAUCCGUUAUGGCAAGCACCCGAGGCUGUUCUAAGGGCUUGUGUGCCAGACACACUCUGUGUGAUGUUUUAUGGCUACUCCAGAAGUGGGCAAAGGGAUUAUGGGUGGGUCAAAGCUGGAACGAUCUUCCCUUUCCACGAGUAUUUGGACAGAUUUAAGGGGCAGACUAAAUUGUAUGGCAGCAGACCAAGUGAUUUUCAGAUGGCAAUAGAAGAGGCAAUUCUAGCCAAACAUGGCUCUACAAAUAAAGGCCCUGAGACGAAACAGGAGACUUCUCCAGCAACUAAUGAUAGUGGAGUUGAAGAGGCUACUGGAUCAAAUCAGGAGCUGGAAUUCUGUUUCUCUGACCAGCAGGAUGGAUAUUAUAAGAGGAAAUACACUCGAUCAUGUGACGGUUGUGGUUUGACUGUUCCUUUCCGAACUAUGAAGAAAGUUAAAGUUACAACGUCCAAGUCUCAUUUUUUCUGUGGGCAUUGUACUAAGUUUAGGAAAUCAAAGCAAUAUUGUGGCAUAUGCAAGGAAAUUUGGCAUCAUUCAGAUGGUGGGAAUUCAGACGGUGGGAACUGGGUGUGUUGCGAUAGUUGUGAUGUUUGGGUGCAUGUGGAGUGUGCAGAUAUUUCCAGCAAUGCUUUAAAGAAUCUACAGAACACUGAUUACUUUUGUCCCGAGUGCAAAGCAAAUUCUAACAAAAAGUUGUUGGCCUCAGAACAGUGGGGGCCAAAAGUGAGUGUUUCAAGCAGAAUAAGAGAGAGCAGUGGAAGUGUGAUGCCUGCCAAGAUCAUUGUCGUGUGCACUGGCGUCGAAGGGAUUUAUUAUCCAGAUAUUCAUUUAGUUCAGUGCAAGUGUGGUUCUUGUGGAACAAGGAAGCAAACACUUAGUGAGUGGGAGAAACAUACCGGUUGCAGAGCUAAAAAGUGGAAGUGCAGCGUGAAAUUAAAGGGCUCAAAUAUAACACUUGACCAAUGGCUUUCAGACAAUAAUGCUUAUAAUGUUAGCUAUCAGAAUUUAGAUCAGCAGCUGCUGUUUGCAUUUUUAAGAGAGAAGUAUGAACCUGUACAUGCAAAGUGGACUACAGAGAGAUGUGCUAUAUGUAGAUGGGUCGAGGAUUGGGACUAUAAUAAAAUAAUUAUAUGCAACAGGUGCCAAAUAGCCGUCCAUCAAGAAUGCUAUGGAGUAAGCAAUGCUCAGGAUUUUGCUUCAUGGGUCUGCCGAGCAUGUGAAACCCCUGAAAUUGAAAGAGAAUGUUGUCUUUGUCCAGUCAAAGGUGGUGCAUUAAAGCCAACUGAUAUUGAUCCCUUGUGGGUUCACGUUACAUGUGCAUGGUUUCAGCCCGAAGUUGCUUUCCAUAAUUCUGAUAAAAUGGAGCCUGCUGCUGGGCUUCUUAGAAUUCCUCCGAGCAGUUUCCUAAAGGCAUGUGUGAUCUGCAAACAAGUUCACGGAUGUUGCACUCAGUGUUGGAAAUGUGCCACUAGCUUUCAUGCUAUGUGCGCUUUGAGAGCUGGAUAUCAUAUGGAAUUGCACUGCUCAGAGAAGAAUGGGAUACAGUUUACAAGAUGGUUAUCAUAUUGCGCCUUUCAUAGGGCUCCAGACACAAACAAUGUCUUGGUCAUGCGGACUCCAUCUGGAGUGUUUUCUACUAAAAGUUUGGCUGAAAGACAAAGUCAAGAACAUUGUUCGGGAGGCAAAAGACUCAUCUCAUCUAAGACUCAACUCCCUGAUUCAUCUGAUGCUCCAACCAUUAGCUUUGAGCCUCUCUCUGCUGCAAGGUGUCGUGUCUUUCAGAGAUCUAGCAAUAAGAGGGCUGGACAAGAGGCAGUUUUCCACCGACUGAUGGGGGCAAGGCGUCAUUCUUUAGAAGCAAUAGAUUGUUUAAGCUCACAAGAAUUGGCUAGUAAUGUGAAGCCUUUUUCAACACUCAAAGAGCGACUUAUCCAUCUACGGAUGAUGGAAAAUCGGAGAGUUUGUUUUGGUAAAUCUGGAAUACAUGGAUGGGGCCUCUUUGCUCGGCGAAGCAUACAAGAAGGAGAAAUGGUCCUUGAGUAUCGUGGAGAGAAGGUGCGGGGUAGUGUUGCUGAUCUAAGAGAGGCACAAUAUCGGCUGGAGGGGAAAGAUUGUUAUCUGUUUAAGGUAAGCGAAGAAGUGGUAAUUGAUGCGACAAAUAGAGGGAAUAUCGCACGCUUAAUCAACCAUUCGUGCAUGCCUAAUUGUUACGCAAGGAUCUUGACUCUGGGUAAAGAAGAGAGCCGGAUAGUUCUUAUAGCUAAAAGCAAUGUCGCAGCUGGUGAUGAGUUGACGUAUGAUUAUUUGUUUGAUCCGGAUGAUCAUGAUGAACUUAAAGUGCCCUGCCUGUGUAGAGCUCCCAAUUGCCGGAAGUUCAUGAACUAGUAUAGCCGGUGUACAGGAUUUGUCAUACAGUGACAUGCUAACAUGAAUACAGCAUGUCUCUUUAUUUUUUUUUGGUAGGGUUUUGUAAUAGCAACCAUUUUGUCAUUCUCACUCCAAUUGAAAUUUAAGUUGCAAAGAAAAUGUAUACACCAGCUACUAUUUAGCUGGAAUCUUACAUCAAUUCUCCUUCAUGCCGAUAUUGGAUUUAGCAGAAGAUGACUAAA